AAAAAGGAAGGCCAACUAAAACAAAUGAAUGGAACAAAACAAAACUUUGGACUGACAACGAUUGAUCAACCCUCUAAAAACAUCUAAAGCAUUCAAGAAUCAAGAACUCUCGGAUCCGCUAUAUAUAUUCUACUUAAAAAGUACAUGCUUUCUGAUUCGAGAGGAAACGCCUAAAAGUCAAAGUCAUGGACUCGGCAAGGGAAAAAUUUAACCUUUCAGGACCUACACAUUUAACCACCGUUAACUGGAAAGACGUGGAUCACCAAAGGUCAGUUGCUGCCAGUUUGGUUCAGGGUGUGUAUAUACUAGAGAGAGACCGUCAUGAGAAACGGGAAGGAUCUCAAGCGCUUGCUCCUCCUUGGUGGGAAUUCUUUCAUUUCAAAUUGUACCGUCAGCUUGUUGAUGAUCCUAAUUCAUCCAUUUUUGGUGCCAUUUAUGAGUUGGACCUCUCAAAACAGGAUCACAGCCUUUCGGUGAAUGAGAUGCCCCAUUAUGUAAUCGCCUUCAGAGGCACAAUUAGGAAAGGGGAUGCUUUUUCACAAGAUCUCCAAUUGGAUUUUCAAGUCAUUCGGAACGGACUUCAUCAGACAUCUCGCUUUGAAAUAGCUAUACAAGCUGUUCGAAGCUUGGUAGCUACAUUUGGAACUUCAAAUAUCUGGGUAGCUGGCCAUUCUCUAGGGUCCUCAAUGGCAUUGCUUGCAGGGAAGAAAAUGGCUAAAAUGGGCAUAUUUCUUGAAGCUUUUCUUUUUAAUCCACCUUUCUUGUCUGCACCUAUCGAAAGGAUAAAGCAGAAGAAGGUGAAACAUGGGAUCCGUUUUGCAGGCAGCAUGAUCACUGCAGGCCUUGCUUUUACUGUGAAGGCUAAACAGAAGAACCACUCUGAAGAUCCAUUUAUUGCUCUUUCUGCAUGGCUACCGAGUCUCUUUGUGAAUCCAGCUGACCACAUAUGCUCAGAAUAUGUUGGGUAUUUCGAGCACAGGAAAAAGAUGGAGGACAUUGGUGCAGGGGGUAUCGAGAGGCUAGCCACUCAGCAUUCAAUAGGUGAUUUGUUUAUGCGCGCAAUUGGAAAGGAGUCUGAAGAGCCACUACACCUCAUUCCUUCAGCCAAUUUAAUAGUUAACCUGACCCCAUCGGAGAGCUUCAAAAAAGCUCACGGAAUUCACCAGUGGUGGAGAACUGACCUGAAUUUGCAGUCCAGGCUCUACCGUUUCAGAUAAAUAUUAUUCGAUAUUGUUGUGAUUGUAACAAAAGUUAUGCCUAUUUGUCUAGUGAGGUGAUUGUGCUUAAAUUCCUGGUUUUAGUUAAAGCUUGUAGCUUGUAUCGUGAUCUCAAAGUUUUAUGUACUCGGCAAAUCUCAGUAUUGAGUGUGCUUGCAUUGUAUGAUUUGUUGUUUUAGGUACUCGGCUGAUCUCAGUAUUGAGUGUGCUUGCAUUGUAUGAUUUGUUUGCAUUGGUAUUGUAUUGUAAGAUUUGAAUGAUAUUUCCUUUAUCAUCGCUGUAGUAAUUAGGAAGGUUUUAUUUUUUGUUA